CAUUCCAUAUGGAAAUCCAUUCAUCCAUGAUGGAUCCAGCACUAUUUGACAUAGUCGGUGACAUGAACGUUAUGGAAGUGCAUUCGAAGACAACACUGGCGCCGAAACAAGGCCCGAGAACACUGAAUGGGUCGGACGUUCGAGAGCGACAUUACUGCAACUUCACCCAAGGCUCCCAGGCGGCUGCUGGUGGUGAGACGCUCGUUCAUUACGCGAACUGUGAGCCGUUGGCGAAUGAGGGCACAUCCGCUUAUGGGCCUGGAUUUCAGAGUGGAAGGUCGAAGCGGAAACGUGUGAUUACUACGGUUCAGCGACACGCCGCUAACAUCAGGGAGCGCAGACGUAUGUUCAGUCUCAACGAGGCCUUUGAUGAACUGCGGAAGAAAGUGCCUACUUUCGCAUAUGAGAAAAGACUGUCGAGGAUAGAAACGCUGCGCCUAGCUGUAGUGUACAUUUCCUUUAUGAUGGAACUACUGAAAAAACAGUCUCUUAUCAACCUGGAUCAAAUGGAAUUGUGA